AUGUCCGCCCCUACUGGUAUCAACGUCGCCAUUGUCGGCGUCGGCCUCGUCGGAUCGUCUGUCAUCUCUCAGUUGACGACGAUCCCCAACCUGGCCUCCCAAAUCCACAUUGUCGCUCUUCAGAACUCAAAGAAGACGCUCCUCUCCACCCCCACCAGCCCGCUCUCCCUCGCCCCUCCCGCCGACUGGAAGACUCUCCUGGCCAACUCGUCACAGUCAGCUCUGCCCCUCGCUGACUUGGCAAAGAAGCUGCAGCAGAUUGCCCAAGAGAGCAAGAGGCACACCGUCGUCGUGGAUAACACGUCGAAUGAUAGCGUCGCAAGCUUCUAUCCAGAAUUCCUCAAGGCUGGUCUCUCGGUCGUGACGCCCAACAAGAAGGGGCUCUCUGGCUCUCUCGAUCUCUACAAGGCCAUCCUUUCCGCUUCUACAGGCUCAGACAAGGGACCUCUCAUGUACGGCGAAUCCACCGUCGGUGCUGGGCUGCCCAUCCUGACCACGCUCAAGGACCUGGUCCAAACAGGCGAUGAGAUCCACAAGAUCGAGGGCGUGCUCAGCGGCACCCUCUCAUACAUCUUCAACGAGUGGUCAACGCCCGCCGGUGGCAGCAAGAAGUUCUCAGAGGUAGUCAAGGUAGCAAAGGACCAAGGCUACACUGAGCCUCACCCGGCAGACGAUCUCUCUGGCUCGGAUGUCAGCCGCAAGCUCACCAUUCUCUCGCGUCUCAUCCCUAGCCUCACGGACAAGUUGCCCAAGGGCUUCGAAUCUGUCCCCACUCAUUCUCUUACGCCUGCUCCCCUCGAGUCAGUCACCUCGGGCGACGAGUAUGUACAGAAGCUGCCCGAGUUCGACGGCGACUUCGACAAGCUCAACGCCGCAGCCAGGGAGGAGGGAUGCGUGCUGCGCUACGUUGGUGUCAUUGACGCUAGGGCCGGGGAGGUCAAGGCGAGCCUUGAGAAGUACCCCAAGGACCAUCCCUUUGCCACUUCGCUCAGUGGUUCCGACAACAUCUUGGCUUUCCACACGAAGCGCUACAGCCAAAGGCCUUUGCUCGUCCAAGGCGCAGGUGCGGGUGCAGAGGUUACGGCAAUGGGCGUCGUGGCGGAUCUGGUACGCGUGGCCGAGCGACGUGGGUAAGAGAGGGUACAAGGGCCAAGGCUGCGUGAGCAAUGAGCAAUAUACAGGAGUUAGAGUGAAUCAGAGGCCUUGAUACGUGCGUGCUUGCUUGCGUGCGUCUGGUGAUGUCGACGUGGAGGUUGGUGACCCUCGUCGCCCUCGUCGUCGACUGCACCGAAGGGCCGUGCGCUUGGGCUGGCAGUCGAUGUCCGCGUUUCCGUCGAGUGACAAAUGUCGUCCGCCUGCAGCAGACGAGAUCGCGAUCGUCGCCUUUUGUUUAGCUCCACUCGCAACAUCCACAUCCUCAAUCUCAUCUGAAUACAGCGG